AUGGCCAUGAGCAGCUUCAGCCGGCGCUCCUCCACCAAGAGCGAGCGCCGUGUGUCCAUGGAGAGCCGGGCCUCGGAGAAGGAGAUGCCCCGGAGGGAGUUGUCCAAGACCUCCAACUUGGAGGACCGGAGGAACACCUCCAAGGGCAGCGUCAUAAGCAGGAGCCGCACCAGCCUGGUCUUGGAGAUCCCACAGGAUGACGGCUGUGACAUCGUGUCCACCAAGAGCAGUGAGGACUUCAGGCAGAAUCGGUCAGAGGAUCAAAGCGAGAAUGUUGUGACCAGAGUCAAGAGCCAUGAAGGCUUCAGUGUCUACCACGACAACAGUCGCUUUGGGACCCAGGUGGUGCGCCUGGAGCGGAACGCGCUCUUCGGAGAGCUGGCGCUCAUGGGGGAUCAGCCGCGGGCGGCCACCGCCAAAUGUCUGGAGGACUGUGAGCUGCUGGUGAUCGCUCGCCAUGAGUUCGAUAACUUGCUGAAGGCGGACCUGGACAAGCAGAAGGACGAGACCACAGGCUUUCUCCGGCAGCACGUCCCCGGCAUGAGCGACAUUCCUGAGAAGCCUCGGUUUGGCAAGCCACCGGCCUCCUACUACUUCAAGCACAGCAGCGUGGCCAAGGGCUAUGUGUUCCUGAAGCAGGGGGAGAAGGUCACGGAGAUCGCCUCUGGGUGCUGCAACAUGGGGUGGUCGAGUUCUGGCACAGCGAUCCACCCGAGGGGAAGCCUUCGGUUGACAGGCUUUGCCGCCCGGCCAGCCAGGGGGCGGUGA